GAAAGACUGCCUUGCUGCACUGUCACCAUCGGCGCCGCUGCUGCAGGCUGCGGGCCCCUGCAGCCACCGCAGAGGACAAAGGGCCCUCAGCGGGGCAGACCCAGGGCCGCCGGGCACUGUGGAGGACAGGAGGUGGCCAGCCAGAUGGGCAGCACCGUGGAGCCCCCCGGGGGUGCGUACCUGCACCUGGGUGCCGUGACGUCCCCAGUGGGUACAGCCCGCAUGCUGCAGCUGGUCUUUGGCUGCACCACCCUCAGCCUGGUUGCCCACCGGGGCGGGUUCGCUGGCGUCCAAGGUACCUUCUGCAUGGCUGCCUGGGGCUUCUGCUUCGCCCUCUCCGUCCUGGUGCUGACCUGUGAGUUUACAAAGCUCCACGGCUGCCUGCGCCUCUCCUGGGGCAACUUCACAGCAGCCUUCGCCAUGCUGGCCACGCUGCUGUGCGCCACGGCCGCCGUCAUCUACCCGCUCUACUUCACCCAGCUCCAGUGCCUGCCCAAGCCGGCUGGCUGCAUGGCCAGGGACUUCCGCCUGGCAGCCAGCAUCUUUGCCGGGCUCCUUUUCCUGGCCUACGCCUCUGAAGUGGCCCUGACACGGGCACGGCCUGGCCAGGUAGCUAGCUACAUGGCCACAGUGUCGGGGCUUCUCAAAAUUGUCCAGGCCUUCGUGGCCUGCAUCAUAUUUGGAGCACUUGUUCAUGACAGCCGCUAUGGGCGCUAUGUGGCCACACAAUGGUGCGUAGCUGUCUACAGUCUGUGCUUCCUGGCCACAGUGGCUGUGGUGGCCCUGAGUGUGAUGGGCCACACAGGGGGCCUGGGCUGCCCCUUCGACCGCCUGGUGGUCGUGUACACCUUUCUGGCUGUGCUCCUCUACCUCAGCGCUGCCGUGAUCUGGCCUGUCUUCUGCUUCGACCCCAAAUACGGGGAGCCCAGGCGGCCCCCUGACUGCCCCCAGGGCAGCUGCUCCUGGGACAGCCAGCUGGUGAUAGCCAUUUUCACGUAUGUCAACCUACUCCUCUACGUCGUCGACCUGGCCUACUCGCAGAGGAUCCGCUUUGUGCCCACCCUGUAGCCUGGCAGGCGGCUGCCUGCACACCCGCAAUCACCAGUGGUGGCUCCAGGCACAGGAAGGUGACCAAGGUCAACUGGGACAUCAGGGGCGAGCAGCAGGGAGGCUGAGGGCUCAGGGCAGGCAUGGCAGAGGACGCUCCUGGACUUCUGGCAGUGCUCAGAGGCUGGCGUUGGGGAGGGAGGUGGGACAGAGGGUCAGGAGGCGCUCAGCGGCGAAGCUCAUGGGCUCUCAUUCUUCCCAUCUGUGUCCAUCUCCAUCUCAAUCUUUAUCUCCCAUUUCCAGCCCUCCCUGGGCUCAGUGCUGGUCACUGCAGCACCUGCUGUUGUGACCCAUUUUGCAGCAGGGGACACUGAGACUAAAUAGUCACUGGUGGUGGCCCAGUAUGCCCACCAGUGUCUGGGGAUGGAGCACAGGCUGGGUAAUAUAAGUUGGAAAGGGGAGGUUUCCCGGAGGUGUUGGAAAUGAGCCAGGGAGAGCCCCAGAGCCAACCAAGGGAGGGGAGGAGGGGGGCUGGAAGUGCCUCCUCAUCUGAAGGGGCAGUCCUGGAACCUGGAGGGGGACUGUGCAAGCUCACAGAGAAGAAGCCAGGAAAUCAGGACCAGCCUUACCAGCCCCCACAGGGCCUCCCAAUGGCCACACCAAGAACUGGGUUAUAGCUCACAGGCUGGAGGUGGUGCUAGGAGCCUGCAAUGGCCCACUGAAGCCGGCAGUACUACCAGGAGCAGUGUGGAGAGCAGAUGGGUCCCCACCCAGCGAUGGAGCCUCACCUGGACACUCACAAUGGGUCGUAACCCAGCGGCUGGGGUAGUGCCUGCCGGGCUCCCAGAGGCUGGCUAGUAGGCAGUGUGAACAGAUGGUGAGGGCCCAGCCUGGGGCAGACCCUGGGACUUAGCUUCCAGGCUCUCAGCUCCUCCAAGCAUCCAGUUGUCCAGCUGCUCUUAACUGCCAAGGCCUGCUGGUACCAUCAUCCUCCAUGUUCCAGCCAGCUUCUUCUGCAUGUGAGCCCAGACUGGACCAGCCUCGGGUGGCCCACUAGCCAGCCAGAGCCCAAGCACCACUCACUGGCUCCCAAGGUCCAUGAGCAGCAAAUAAACGCAGAUGUUCACUUGCACCCUGGCUCUGGCCAAGUGGUCUCUGCUGAGGGGCUGUGGCAAUUGUGCCUCCUGUGGUACCCUCUCCUGGCAUGCUCUGGGAGCAGGGCCUAGCCUGGGGCCUGGCUGAGGGAAGACAUGGCCCUGGGGACACCUGGUGUUCUAGGGUGGAGGAAAAACUGGGCCUUGUCCCCUGAGGAUCCUCCUGAGGAAGGGACAGACAGGUUCUCCCCUCAGUGGGUGACAGGCCA